AUGAAUAAGGCAAGAAGAUCAUUAAAGAUCCUACGGGAAGUAGUGAAAGAUGAUGCCACAUAUGAAUGUGCGGAAAAUGAGGAGGAAAUCCCUCUGCUACAGCAAUCACAAGACAUAUUUGAGUUUAUCUCCAAAGGACUCACAGACAAUGUGAAGGAUCUGGUUGCUGAGGACCCUGAAUGCCUAAACCGUUUAGAUAAACUACAAGCAAUGCCUUUGCAUCAUGCCGCAGGAAAAGGCAACUUACAGAUAAUUAAGCUAAUAAUUAAUAAUUCAUCAAAAAAUUUGAAUGUGACAGAUUGUAAUGGCAAUACUCCUCUGCACUGGGCUACAGAGAAGAAUCAGGUUCAGAGCAUCAUUCUUCUGCUAGAAGAGGGUGCUGACCCCAACAUACUAAACAAGUUCUUGUUAUCUCCACUUCACAUCGCAGUCCAGCUAUAUUAUAACGAAGCUGUCAAGGUAUUAGCUGCUCAUAAAAGUAUUAACGUCAACUUGCAAGGGGAACUUGGAAAUACACCUCUGAUGUUGGCAUGUGCAAAAGACAAUCAUAAAGGAAUAGAGAUUCUACUUGAUCAUGGGGCAUUGUUAUGCAGGCAGAAUCGGCUUGGACAUUUUGCUAUACAUCUUGCUUCUUUUAUGGGUUCAAAGAAGGCUAUGGAAGUCAUUUUGAAAAGAGGUCUUGCAUUUGGCCAUUCCUUUGAGAAACAUAUUAACUAUCUUGAUAAAUCACUGAAUAGUCCUCUUCAUCUAGCAGUGCAGGGAGGAAACCUGGAAGUAAUCAAGUUUUGCAUUGAAUGUGGAGCACACAUUGAUUUAGUACAGGCUGAUAAUUCCACAGCAGUGCAUUUUGCUGCAGUACAAGGAGCAAUUGAAGCUGUGAAGCUCAUGAUAACAUCAUACAAAGGUGAUAAAGAUAUAGUCAAUAUCUUAGAUGGAAACAUGCAAACACCACUGCACAAGGCUGCAAUAUUUGAUCACCAAGACUUGGCAGAAUAUUUAAUUUCAAAGGGAGGACGUAUUGACAGUAUUGAUAAUGAAAACCGAACACCUUUGCUCCUGGCUACUUCCUGUGGUUCCUGGAAAACUGUAAACUUACUUAUAUCUAAAGGAGCAAAUGUGAAAUUAAAAGAUGAUGCUGGCUGCAAUGUUAUUCAUUUAGCAGUUCUUCAGCAAGGAGGGAUGAAACAUUUGAACAAGGAAACUAUGCAGAAUAACCAAGUGAGAGAACUGCUAAGUGAUGAAGAUAAUGAAGGGUGCACUCCACUGCAUUAUGCUUGCCGACAGGGAGUUCCAGAUUCUGUCAAUAAUAUUCUUGGCUGGAAGAUUUCUAUUUACUCAAAGUCUAAAGACAAAAAAUCACCACUACACUUUGCAGCCAGUUAUGGACGUAUUAACACAUGUCGACGAUUGCUCCAAAACAUCACUGACACAAGACUUCUAAAUGAAGGCGAUGAGAAAGGAAUGACACCACUUCAUCUUGCCGCCCAAAAUGGUCACACAGAAGUUGUUAAACUUCUUUUAAGAAAAGGAGCUCUUUGUAUUACGGACUAUGAAUGCUGGACAAGUCUUCAUUAUGCUGCAUUUGGUGGAUAUACUCAGACAAUGCACCUACUUUUAGAAACCGAUUUAAAGCUAAUAGACCGGACAGAAGAUGAAGGAAACACAGCUCUUCAUCUUGCUGCUCGGGAAGGCCAUGCUGGUGCUGUUAAUCUCUUGCUUUCAAAGGGUGCCAAGCUUAUGUUGAAUAAGAAGAAUUUGUCCUUUUUCCAUGAAGCAAUACGCAAUGGAAAGAAAGAAGUAGUGUUUGCUACCAUUGAAAGUAAAAGAUUUCAUGAAGCAAUGCGAUGCUUUCGACAUGGAUCUGAAUAUCGCUGCCCAGUAUUUGAACUGAUUGAGCAUCUUCCAGAAGCAUUUAUGUUAAUUCUGAACAAAGCUGUGCAAGAGUCAAUGGUGGAUAAAAGAAGCCCUCACUUUUACACCAUUUAUGAUUUUACGUAUCUACAGUGCCCACUGAAGCUGCAGCAAUUAGCCAAAGAAGAUAAAGAAGUUGAAUAUGAGCCUCUGGCUGCUCUUAAUAUUAUGGUACGCUGCAGUCGUAUAGAGCUUCUGACUCAUCCCGUUUGCAAGGAGUAUUUGCAGAUGAAAUGGGUUGCAUAUGGAUUAAAAGCACAUAUUAUUAACCUGACAAUCUACACACUUGGUCUUGUGCCACUGACUGCUUUAAUUGUCAAUACAAAUCCAAGAGCUGCGGAAAAUGCAACAGUGAGCAUGACAAAUCCUCAUCCUUGGGCUUCAAAAAUGACAUAUCUGACUUCCACUUGGAUGAUAAUGGUUUUCAUAGUGAGCUUGUUUGGAAUGUGCAAGGAGAUGGUACAAAUUAUCCAACAGCGCUGGAAGUACCUGUGUGAUUUCUCCAACUUAAUAGAUUGGACGAUAUCAGUGACAUCCAUCCUCUUUGUACUUCCCUUAUUUACUGAUAAUCUGUACAGCUGGCAGUGGGAAUGUGGAGCUACAGCAGUGUUUUGCUCCUGGGUAAAUUUCCUUCUUUACUUGCAAAGGUUUGAAAACUUUGGAAUUUAUGUGGUGAUGUUUUGGGAAAUCCUAAGAACGCUAUUACAUAUUGCUCUUCUCUUCUUUUUCCUCGUUCUGGCAUUUGCUUUUACAUUUUUCGCUCUCUUGAAUAACCAGACAGCAUACAGUACUCCCUACCUAUCUCUAAUGCAGACAUUCGCUAUGAUGCUGGGAGACAUAAAUUAUCAUGACAGCUUCCUUAUCCCGAUAACAGAGAAAAAAAUGCCUUACCCAUACAUGUCUUUUGCAGUGCUCAUACUGUUUAUGCUGCUCAUUCCAAUACUCCUCAUGAAUCUACUGAUUGGUUUGGCUGUUGGCGACAUUGCAGAAGUACAAAGGAAUGCUUCAAUCAAAAGAAUGGCUAUGCAGGUCAGCCUUCAUACUAACUUAGAGAGGAAAUUACCAUAUUGGUACCUUACUCAGGUGGACCAGAGAACAAAGAAAGUGUAUCCCAACAGGAAAAGAGUGUCUGGGCCACUGGUAAUGUUGAGUCAUGUGGUUUGUUCUGGGAACCGUUUUUCGUGCUGUCUUUCUUCUAGUGUUGAGUUCCUUGAACCUUUGUUGUUGGUAUUUGUCAGUUUCUUGCAGUGGUUCUCAAUGAUGUCAGAAUCUGCAAAUGAGCAGAAGUGUUCACGAGACAGCAGUUUAUCAGCAUUUGAAGUAGAACUUCAAAAACAGAAAUACAGGCUUAAGGACAUCUCAGCAAUUUUAAGAAAGCAACAUGAGCUGAUCAAACUCAUAAUACAAAAAAUGGAGAUUGUGACAGAAGCUGAGGAAGCAGAUGAAAACGAUAUUUUUCAGUACAGCAGAGUAAAACGGCAACAUUUAAAUCACAGAACCAGCAAAUGGGACAAAGUAAUCAGAUGUAUUAAAAAUAAGUAAGAGUGACAGCACUGAGCAGACAUAAUUAAAAUCUCAUUGAAAUAAUUAACUCCGUGGAUAUAUAAUGAUAUUUUACAUGGAAUAUUAUAUUUCCAUUCUCAUAACAAUCCUGCAAAUAAAAUGUAACUGUACAACAGGGGAGUAGUUGCCUCAUGAUAUAUG